GGGCGAAGUUUUUUAUUAUAAAGUCAAAAUUUUUAUUAUUGUAGUAAAAAAGAAAGAAGUAUAUUCGCCCAUUAGCGGCUUCAUGAACCAAAGCAGAUCAUAGGUCCUGUAUGUCGCAAUAUAUAAACUCGACCCAACAAGUAGUCACUCUGCAUUCUCCAUCAUCUUUUUCUUCUAAUUUACAUAUACCAUUUCUGGCCGGUAUCCACUCUCCGUAUCUUCAAUCUCUCUUUCGGUCGUAGAUUCACACCAUUCGCAAGUGCAGUGGGUGAUGACAAGGACCACCGUCACUAUUUACUUCCCCUAUUAUAAACAAACAAUAUUGAGUCCACAGGUUUAGGGGUUUAGAGAGAGAAACGGAAAAUGGGGGACACUGGGAUUUACAAGGAAUACUUAGCCGGUUUACUCGCUGGUGUUGCCACAGUUAUCACCGGUCAUCCCUUCGACACCGUCAAGGUAAAGCUGCAAAAACACAAUGCGGAAGCGCAUGCUAUUAAGUACAGGAAUGGUUUGCAUUGCACGACUAGGAUCCUAAAGACAGAAGGAGUUAAAGGACUUUACAGGGGUGCAACAUCAUCAUUUAUUGGGAUGGCUUUUGAGAGUUCACUUCUUUUUGGGAUUUAUUCUCAAACAAAGCAGUCCUUGCAGAAGAGAGGAGUGCGUAGUGAUGUGCCAAUGCCCCAAGUAAUAAUUCCUUCUGCAGCUUAUGGUGGAGCAAUUAUAAGUUUUGUAUUAUGUCCAUCUGAGCUAGUAAAGUGUAGGAUGCAAGUUCAAGGUACUGACUCCUUGGUUCCAAAGUCCAGUAGAUACAAUAGUCCUCUUGAUUGUGCCCUUCAAACAGUGAAAAAUGAAGGGGUUGCAGGCAUUUUUCGAGGGGGUUUUACAACACUGUUAAGAGAAUCUUUUGGAAAUGCAGUUUUCUUUAGCGUUUAUGAGUAUGUCCGUUAUUACAUGCAUUUACAAUUGAAAGCUUCUUUUUCUGUCCACAACAACUUUAUUGACAUGGGAGUUGGAAUUGUGAGUGGUGGCCUUGGUGGUGUAGCUUCCUGGUCUGCUGUUUUGCCCUUGGAUGUGGCGAAAACUAUUAUCCAGACUGCUCCAGAUAAAAGCUCCACCAGAAAUCCAUUUCGAGUACUUAACAAGAUUUACAGGAGGACUGGACUUAAAGGAUGCUAUGCAGGUCUGGGUCCCACAAUAGUGCGAGCAUUUCCAGCUAAUGCGGCUGCAAUAGUCACCUGGGAACUUGCCAUGAAAAUGUUGGGGAUCAGGCAUGAUUAAGAAUGGUAAAUAUUACCAAGAAUUUCAAUUUUCUCAUUGUCAUUACAAGCUUUGGUGGGUUGCAGCGAAUUUUGAUCGGGAUUUUGGGAUGGCAAAGUUUUUUGUAAAAUGGACUGGGGUGGGUUCUAUUAUGAAAAUUAAGGAUUUGCAUAUUAUUUCUUGUGGGCUUGGCAAACUAGCAGUGAUCUACUUUUAAGUUAUACAUGCAGAUCACCUCCGAAUAUUAGUAUAGGACUGGAAGGAUUGCUAUAUUUAUGUUUUGUCUAGUAGAUGUUGCUCAGGUAAGUCAUGCUCAAGCAUUUUAUCAUCGGCUUUGGCCUUGGGAAUGAUUUACAUCAUUUUCUACAGUAA